CCGCGGCGGGGAGCACACUCUGAAUGAGCCCGUAUCGCGCAGGAGAUGACGGCUCGUGUCUCCGCGCCCGCAGCUCACCGAGCAGCAGCGUAACGACAAAACCUCAGAAGUUCGCUUUCUCCACGCGCUCUCUUCAAUGUCACCAUGCGCAGCAUCUCAUCCUGCGGUGCACUGCUGUCAGUCUACUACCCCCAGAUCUUCCUCAUCCUCACCAGCGGCAGCUACCUGGCUUUGUCUUCAGUCGUGGCUUUGGGCGCGAACAUCAUCUGCAACAAGAUCCCCGGCCUGGCCCCCCGACAGCGUGCCAUCUGCCAGAGCCGCCCAGAUGCCAUCAUCGUCAUCGGGGAGGGCGCUCAGCUGGGCAUCAACGAGUGCCAGUAUCAGUUUCGCUAUGGACGGUGGAACUGCUCUGCCCUUGGCGAGAGGACCGUCUUUGGGCAAGAGCUGAGAGUAGCAAGGAGGCUGCAUUUACCUACGCCGUCACGGCAGCAGCUGUUGCCCACGCUGUGACAGCAGCCUGCAGUCAGGGCAAACUGAGCCACUGUGGCUGUGACAGAGAAAAACAGGGCUAUCACGACCAGGAGGAGGGCUGGAAAUGGGGCGGCUGCUCGGCAGACGUCAAAUACGGAGUGGAAUUCUCCAGGCGCUUUGUGGACGCCCGAGAGAUAAAAAAAAACGCAAGGAGACUAAUGAACCUGCACAAUAGCGAAGCAGGAAGAAAGGUUCUAGAGGAACGGAUGAAGCUGGAAUGUAAAUGCCAUGGUGUCUCCGGCUCAUGUACCACAAAAACCUGUUGGACGACUCUGCCGAAAUUCCGAGAGAUCGGCUACGUCCUUAAGGAGCGUUAUGCCACUGCAGUCGAGGUGGAGGCCGUGAGAGCCACGCGUUUUCGCCAACCGUCUUUCCUGCGUCUCAAGCAGUCCCGUGGGUACAUAAAACCCACGGACACAGACUUGGUUUACUUGGAGCGCUCGCCCAACUAUUGUGAGGAGGAUGCUGCGACGGGGAGCGCAGGAACGAGAGGGCGGCUGUGUAACCACACAUCCCCUCACACGGAUGGCUGCAACCUGAUGUGCUGCGGCCGGGGCCACAACACCCAUCAGUACACACGCGUGUGGCAGUGCAACUGCAAGUUCCAGUGGUGCUGCUUCGUUAAGUGUAACACCUGCAGUGAAAAGACGGAGGUGUUUACCUGUAAAUGAGCGAGUGGUAGAGUUAAAAGGACAAGAAAGAAAGGCGAGAAGCCAAUGGAUAGAAACAGGAAGUGUUUGAAACAGAAAUGGAAGUGGCUUCAUUUUGCACAUCAGGCAGUCUUUAUGCAAGAAAGCCCCGCUGAAGAAGACUAUGAUGAAUAAUGAAGAUGCCGGAACUUCAGAGGAAAAUGCACUGACCUCAGACUGACUUUUUGUGAAUUCAUGCAAACAUAUGGACGCAACAUAUGCAGUGCAAGGCUUUUGUAGAUCUCAGAUUAUAGAAAGUCAGCUGGGACCUGUCCUGAGGACCACGUAUUGACUCAAUACUCCUAUUGGACAGUCUAAACUGCCCACAGAAGUGACCUUUUUCAAAUUAAGGCAAGAAGAACUUGUAAAAUGUCCCACCAGCUGAGCACCUAUGGGAGUUCAAGAGGAAAAACGUGCUGCAACUUUGCAACUCUGGAAAUGCUGGAAAGCUUCAGUCACACUGUAUCUGUUUGAACACUGAAAAACAUGACCUUUUUCCUUCUCUUUGGAGAAAAAGUCUGAAUAUAUAUUCAUACUGUAGAUGUCUCCUAAUGGUACACAAAAGUAUGAACUUCUAAUAUUAUUGCUACUGAUCUGUUGCUUCCAAAACUCACCCCAAAACAGUAUAGGACAUUGCGUAUGUAAAAAGAGCUUAUUUUGCAGUUUACAGAUUAAGAAAAAGGGUCAACUCAUUUAUACACUUAAGAAACCAUAAUUUUGGUGAAUACGUUGCCAAUUGCUGCACUGGUGGGCUUUAAGUAAACAAAAACCGUUUGUGUUUUUAAUGAGAAGAGAAGCUUCAUUAGUCAUCGAUAAAGACUUGGCCAUGUAUGCUGCAAUGCUCUAAACGUGAGUGUGUAAACAUGUGGGAACGAAAGAGAGAGAGAGCUUUUACAUACUUAAUAGAAAUGUGACCCACCACCGUUUGAGUGACCAAACCAUUCCCACGAAUGCCAGAGACAUGGGAUUCCACAUCACUGCUCCGGUGUGCACAAGGUCUAGUUAUAUUCCGCCUGAGCCAAUGGACCAUACCAGCUAUGGGUCUAAAAACGGUUGCAAGGUCACCAGAAAUAUUUUGAGUAGCAGUUUUUUUUUUAUCUAAUUGUUUAUACGAGUUAUAUGGCUGAUAAAUUUGUUAAAAUAUAUUUUUUUAUGUAGAGAAUAUGGCACUUUAUGUUAGAUAUAUUCAGUGUAAUUAUUAAUACUGUUUUAUUCAUCAUGUUUUUAUU